AUGCCUAUCAUAACAAAUGAUAUUAUAUUACAAAAUCAUCAGAUUCGACUGUGUAGAUCUAAUUAUCAGAAUUUGCAAACAGAUAAUGAUUUCGAUGAAUCAGUAUUAGCAGAACAUUAUCUCGGUUCAAUGAAUAUACUAUGUACUCACUGUACGGCAAAACAUUUUGCAUCAGAAAAGGUAAUCAAUAAGGGGAGUUCAUUCAAUGAUUGUUGUAGCCAUGGUGAAGUUAAAUUAGAUCCCUUGCCUGAUCCACCAUCAAUUUUAAAAGAGUUAUUUUCUGGUAUCCAUCCAUUGUCGAAUCAUUUUUAUGAUCAUAUACGUCCCUAUAAUAGUUCAUUUUCUUUUGCAUCAUUCAAUGCUAAUUUAGUUACGUUUAGAAGUCGAAGGCCUGGUCCAUUUUGUUUUAAAAUUCAAGGGCAAAUUUACUAUCAGAUCAAUACUUCUUUAUAUCCAGCUAACAAUGAAGCGCCAAGUAAUGGUCAACUCUUCAUAGUUGAUUCAAAUGAAGCAGUGGAUUAUCGACUCAAUACUCAUAGAGAAUUGAACAGAAAUAUUCUGAGAGCAAUCGAUACUGCUAUGCGACAACAUAACGUAUUUGCACAGUCUUAUCAAAUGAUGAAAGAUGAGUUAGAUUUAAUGACAACAGCGAAUCAUGGUAUUGAACCAGAAUUACAAUUACUAUUCACUCUCAAAAAAGGACAUGAUCAGAGAAGGUAUAAUUUUCAACGAGUUAACGAAGUUGCAGCUGUAUUUUCAACUACAGCAGAUGGUGAUAUUCCAGAAUCAUAUGUCACUAUACGUAAUAAACAUACUAAAGAGCUACAAUAUGUUUCUACAAUGGAUGAAAAUGUUGAAGCAUGGACAUAUCCUUUAUUUUAUCCUCAUGGUACCAAAGGCUGGCAUGAUGGAAUCAGAAUGGAAAAUAGUGUCCGAAGAGUCACGAGAAAUGCAUACAUUAAAUAUCAAAUGGCCAUUCGUGAUGAUUGCAAUACACCUAUUUUGAUGGGCCGACGAUUAUUUCAACAAUGGGUUGUAGAUCAUUAUGUAAAAAUGGAAAGAGAUAGAAUGACGUUCUUACGCAAUAAUCGAAAACAAAUGAGAGCUGAUUCCUAUAAAGGUUUACUCGAACACCUACAGAACAGGGCAAAUAAUACAAAUAGUCAAAUUGGAAAAGUCGUAAUUCUUCCAUCAUCAUAUCAAGGCUCUCCACGCAAUAUGCUACAAACAUAUCAGGAUGCGAUGGCUAUUAAAGAAAUCACUGAAAAUCUUUUAGAUGGUCAAACCGCUUCAGAUAGACCAGAUUUAGUUGCACGUGUUUUUGAAGUUCAAGCUUAUGUUUUUGUAAUUGAAUAUCAAAAACGUGGCUUACCACAUGUUCAUUUAUUAUUAACUUUGCAACGAAAUUCAAAAAUAACAACUCCAGCAAUUGUAGACAAGUUCAUUUCAGCAGAAAUUCCGAACCCAAAUAAAAAUCCUCGAUUGUACGAAAUUGUAAAAAAAAACAUGAUUCAUGGUCCAUGUGGUGACUGGUGCCUGAAUGAAAAAGGUAAAUGUUCUAAACAUUAUCCUAAAGAGUUUACCGAUGUAACAACUUUAAAUGAAAAUGGUUAUCCUCAGUAUAGACGCCGUGACACUGGGACUUACACUCGCCAAGAUGGUUUCACUUUUAGCAAUAAACAUGUUGUGCCAUACAAUAAAGAAUUGCCACUUCUACUUAAUUGUCACAUAAAUGUAGAAGUUGUUUCAAGCAUCAAGGCAGUCAAGUAUUUGUACAAGUACAUAUAUAAAGGUCAUGAUGCUGCUGCAAUUGUUGUCCAAGAAACAGAUACAAAUGGUGAUCAGGUUCGUCAAGAAAUUCAUCAUGAUGAAAUUCGUGAGUUCAUAGAGACCCGCUACGUUAGUCCUCCUGAAGCCUGUGCACGAAUUUUGAAUUAUUCUUUACAUGGCAGGAGUCAUGCUGUUGUCAGACUACCCAUACAUUUGCCAAAUCAACAAACAGUUAUGGUUGACGAUAUCGAUAAUGAAGACGCCAUUCAAACUGCAUUAAGUAAAGAGUCAAUGUUAAUUGCUUAUUUUGCUUUGAAUGCACAUGAUCCACAAGCAAGACAUCUUACAUAUUCUGAAAUACCAACUGAAAGAGGUGCUACAAGCUAUGAAAAUCUGAGAACAGUAGAUGGAGUUGUACAUGAAACAUAUGUUAGUACCUGCUUAGCAUUAGGUUUAAUAGAAGAUGAUAAUGAAUGGAAAAAUGCCAUGCAUGAAGCAGAAGUUUGGAUGAUGCCUCGCCAAUUACGACAAUUAUUUAUACGAAUUUUACUUCAUUGCCAUCCUAUCCAUCCAGAAGAGUUGUGGGAAGAUUUUAAAGAUGCACUGUCCCAAGAUUAUUCUAGAACAAUGCCCUUGCAUCAAGCACACAGAACUGCCUAUAUUAAAAUAAAUACAUUAUUACAGAAUGAAAGAUCAAGCCUAAUGAAUUUCCCAUCAAUGCCACAAAUCACGGAAAUUGAAAAUGAUGAUAGUGAAAUUUCACUUGAACAGCACAAAGAUAUUGGGUCAAGACAAUAUGAAAUACUUAAUGAAGAACAGAAAGCAGUCGUUGAUACUAUUUCGAAUAGAGUUGUAGACGAAAAUAGCAGUGAAUCAAAAUGUUUCUUUAUCGAUGGGCCAGGAGGAUCAGGAAAAACUUACAUUUAUAUAACUUUGUAUCAUUUACUACAAAGUCAAUGUAAAAAUGUAACUACUAUGGCUUAUACUGGUAUUGCAGCAACUUUACUUCCACGUGGAAAAACAGUUCAUAAAACAUUCAAACUACCAAUUGCUUUAUAUAGUGAUUCAUCAUUAACUAUCAAAGCUCAAUCGAAGGAAGCAGAUCAUUGCAGAAAGAUGGAUGUUAUAAUGUGGGAUGAAGCACCAAUGUCACCAAAACAUGCAUUGGAAUUUGUAGAUCGAACCUUGCGUGACAUAAUGAAUAAAAAUGAACUGUUUGGAGGAAAAAUAUUGAUUCUUGGUGGUGAUUUUCGACAAUUACUACCAUUUGCAUUGACUAAAAAUAUGCGAACACGGCCAGGAGAAGUUGAAUUCACUAAAUAUUUAUUAAAAGUAGGUGAUGGCACAGCAAAUAAUAAUGAUUCUGAUUUCAAUUUGCCAGACCAUUGUAUAGCACCACGUGAAGCUGAUAUACCUGAAGAUGUUUACGGCAUAAAUAGUAUAAAAAACUGUGACAAUGGUGAUAUUUCUAACACUCUUUUACCAGAAUUUUUAGAAACUUUGAAUCCACCAAAUUUACCUCCUCAUGAAUUACGGUUAAGAAAACACACUGUAGUUAUGUUGAUCAGAAAUUUAUCUGUUAAUGAAGGAUUAUGUAAUGGAACAAGAUUGCAAGUAUUAGAUUGUUCAAAUCAUUUAUUGCGAUGUAAAAUUUCAACAGGUGAUAAAAGGGGAGAAAUUGUUUUUAUUAAUCGUAUUACUUUGUAUAGCGACGAUGCUUAUCCUUUUGAGUUCGGAAGACGUCAGUUUCCAAUAAAGUUAGCUUUUGCCAUGACAAUAAAUAAAUCACAAGGGCAAACUUUCGAAAAAAUUGGAAUUGAUCUCAAAAGAGAUAUUUUCAAUCACGGCCAAUUGCUAUUGGAAUCAUGCAAGCAGUAA